GGAGGUAAUGCUACCAAGUAGGUGUGUCGUCAUAAAAUACGUACAGAAGUAAGUGACCAACCCUUUGCUUUUUCUGCACUGACAAUUGAGAAUUACUUUUGAAGCCAGGAAAGGGCGGACCAAAAGCAUUUGCGAUGAGUUUUUGAUGAGGACAGUGACCUUUAAAACUUCUGUGCUUUGGGAAGAUUUACUGGAUGAUUUCACAAACCUAUUUGGCAGAGCUAGGAUCAAUGUGACUCCAGAAACCAAUGGAUGAAUGAAUAUCCAUAUGAAGAGGAAAACAAUAAAGAAUACCACCACCUCUGAAAACAGAAUGUUAAUGCUUGAUGGGAUGCCAGCAGUCAGAGUCAAAACAGAGCUUUUGGAAUCUGAACAAGGGUCUCCAAACGUCCACAACUACCCCGAUAUGGAAGCUGUUCCUCUGCUGUUAAAUAAUGUGAAAGGGGAGCCCCCGGAGGACUCGUUAUCUGUGGAUCACUUCCAAACACAAACUGAGCCAGUGGACUUGUCCAUCAACAAAGCCAGGACGUCCCCCACCGCGGUGUCACCCUCCCCCGUCCCCAUGACAGCGUCUGCCUCCUCCCCUUCCUCCACUUCCACCUCUUCAUCAUCUUCUAGUCGCCCAGCCUCGUCCCCAACCGUCAUAACGUCGGUGUCUUCAGCAUCGUCUUCAUCAACAGUGUUAACUCCAGGGCCCCUCGUCGCCUCGGCGUCCGGUGUGGGAGGCCAGCAGUUUUUGCACAUAAUUCACCCCGUGCCGCCUUCGAGCCCUAUGAACUUACAGUCUAACAAACUGAGUCACGUGCACCGCAUCCCCGUGGUGGUGCAGUCGGUGCCUGUCGUCUACACAGCCGUGCGGUCACCUGGAAAUGUGAACAACACUAUUGUAGUGCCGCUUCUGGAGGACGGGAGAAGUCAUGGCAAAGCACAAAUGGACCCCCGAGGCCUAUCUCCCAGACAAAGUAAAAGUGACAGUGAUGAUGAUGACCUGCCAAAUGUGACCUUAGAUAGCGUUAAUGAAACUGGAUCCACGGCCCUUUCCAUAGCCAGAGCAGUUCAAGAGGUACAUCCGUCCCCAGUAUCAAGGGUCCGGGGAAGUCGAAUGAAUAAUCAGAAGUUUGCUUGUUCAAUCUCACCAUUUAGUAUUGAGAGCACAAGACGCCAGAGACGGUCUGAAUCCCCAGACUCCAGAAAACGGCGUAUUCACAGAUGUGAUUUUGAGGGAUGCAACAAAGUGUACACGAAAAGUUCUCACCUGAAGGCUCAUCGAAGGACACAUACAGGGGAGAAGCCCUACAAGUGCACCUGGGAGGGCUGCACCUGGAAGUUCGCCCGCUCCGAUGAACUGACGAGGCAUUACCGCAAACACACGGGAGUGAAGCCAUUCAAGUGCGCGGACUGCGACCGCAGCUUCUCCCGCUCGGACCACUUGGCGCUGCACCGCCGGAGGCACAUGCUGGUGUGAGCCGCGCUGCCGGUCCAGCUGAGCGUGAGAGCUGGCUCUCCCAGCCGCCCCCAGUUCAGCAGGGCUGAACCCCUCCACAGUGUUCACACGAAAGGGCAUCACCAUCCCACGAUGUCUGAAAGCAGAGCAGGCAGAAGGACCCCUUCUCCUCUGGGUCUGCAGGUAACCCCCAUCGCGACUCCACGAGAAACGACUGCACGCUGGCCUGGGAGAUCGGUGGCACAGAGGCUGAAGAGACAGGCAUUGUUUCCCGGGCCGUGUACUCUGCCAUUGAAAGAUGUUUGUAGCUUGUACAUUUUCUGAGCUGUCAGACGUUUUGUUAUUGAUACUUUAAAGGUCACCUGCCACAAAUUGAUGGCUCGAGCGAGACCUUUCAAAUUGGGAUGGUUCUCCCAUCGUCCCACCCCUUAACCUCUUUUUACAGAAAUUUUAGUUACCAUCUGAGUGAGAUAGAACACACAUCCAAUCUGUUACCAGCAAGCAGCAUGAAAGUAGAAAAGAAGAAGCUCUUGGAGAGGUUCCAUUCAUUACCUGAAAAUAAAGGGGCACUCAGGCAGCCCUUUGCAAUAGGGAUGGCGGCAACUAGAUAGCGCCCGCAGCUUGUCACUAUGCCAUGCCCCGAAGAAAACCAACAUUGAGUCUUUCAUUUGUUUGUUGUUGAUUGUUUUUGUUUUGUUUCGAUUCUGUUUUGUUCAUCUGUCCGCGCAGAGGGGCGGCGACAUUUCGGUUGGAGCCUGGUCCCGGUGUCUGCCCUGGCAUGGACUGGCACAGAGCUGUUGUGUAGUUGAAUAGGAAGAGCCUGUCUAAAAAACUACUGCCCCACUUCAAAUUGCAGUGUUCUGUCACCUAGGCAUCAUCUCUUCCUGCCCCUAGGAUUUGAUUACAAGGAAUCAGGGGGAAAAAAACUUUCUUAGACACACUGGCACCAAGGUAAGAAGAGGUGGGGCUGCCCAGGCAAAGUCAGUGAACAUGAAAAAUCAGACAAAGCAGAGAUGGAAAUAAUGCGCCUCUUGAGGAGAAAAGCAAUAAUGAAUAAAAGGACUUUCCUACAAUAACUUCACUGAGGACUCACGUUACCAAUUUUCAUACUUACUAAAGGGAUUGUAAAAAACACCCCAGCAUUUUAGAUGUCUUGGUUACAUUUACAGCACUGAGGUAAUCUUUCUGCUGUUUGUUGUCCUGCUUGGUUGACUACCACAACUAGAGAUUAUGCUCCCCUUUUCUUGUUUGAAAACAGUUAUUUGGUGACUAGGCCAGGGAGGCAUAGCAGGGAAUUAACUCUUGGGUUAAUGGGUCAGCUCUCCUUGGAACCGAGUCAGUGGAGAGGGCGUGCUCCCCGAGGAAAGCCUGACAUGGUGCUAGUUUCCUCACUUGGAGAGCCAAGGAUAAGUGACUCUCCAAUAGGUUCUUCUAUACAGAUUUCAUUUUCUAAACUGUGUCAGGACCCCAUGGUUCUGCAUUGGCAUCUGCAGGGAUGUUGAACCCACUCAUCCUGUGCUGAGGGUGAGAGGAAAUUACAGUCCCAUCAGCCCCCUAAAAUUAUGAGCCUUUUUGGCAUCUAGCAAAGUAUACAGUAAACAAAGCAAUACAUCACCAACAAGCAUUCUUUCAGAAAAAUUAUCAUAUUUUUCUUCCACUAAAGCUGGGUUUUUUUCAGCUUUUUGUGGCUAAGGGGCUUGGUGAGGUUUUUAGUUAUUGUUGUUAAGAUUUUUUAUAGCUUAGAUAUAAACGUUGCCAGCAUAUAGACCUUUGCAAUAUAUUUUAAUUACGAACACUUGAUUUUGGGAAUUGCACAAAUUAACCUCACAAUAUUACUAGCUCAUUUUUAACCAUUUGAACAUUCUGAAAUAAUCUCCAGUUGCAGAAUUAUCCUUUUUAGGGUUGUCUUCUAAUUCAGAUAAUCUUAUACUGAUGAUGAAGCAAGAACUAUAAACAUUGAAACAAAGACAGUUUGUGUUGGAUGAUAUUAAAAGCUUUUUUUUUUUUUAUGUUCAAGUAACAGCAUAAUGAUUUUCAGGUCAAAUUCUGUCUUCAGAAAUAUGUGCUCUACAUUUUCUGCCAGGUCUGAAAAAUUCAUCAGGCAAUUUCCCUCCAACAAGGGCUGCAGUUCAAUUGAUAAAUAGCUUCUUUAGCUACACAAUCUACUACCCACCAAGCACUGGGAUUUUUUUACCAGCUGGAAAGUUUUUUAUCUGUACUGUAUGCAACUCCUACUUCUCAUUGCCUGUGACCAUUUGGAAUAGAAAAAGGUUCCCUGACGCAUGCCAGCAUUGGUUAUUGGUCUGUGGCAAAGAACACAGAGUGUCGAACGUAGCCUGGGAGCUGUCUCCACUAGUCCCAGAACCUAGUUGGCAGGUGGUAGGUGAAUCACUCAGGUGAAGUGUAGACUUGAUUCCAUUCUGCCUUCUCUCAUAAGAAGGGCCAAUUCUUUUCUCUGCUUGAGAGUGUUACAGGUAGAAAUGGUUUUUUAGAGUUCACAGAACUGACAGGCGGUGGGAGCUUCCUGAAUGACAGCUUGAUUUAAAUUUAGCCCAGAACUAAAUGAGCUGCUCCUCUCUAAUCAUAUAAGAAAGAUUCAGGAAAGUGAAUUUUUCUCUCAUCCUCUGAAAGUGGAGACCAGACUGAGACAGUAAGUUAACUGAUAAAACCUGUCAGUGUUGCACCGUUUCCCCUUUGACAUGUCAAUACUUCUAAGGAGAGAUCCAAGCACAAGUAGUGAAUGAGUUGCUGAUCUCUCCCCAGGACUGAAACUUCCUUGGGGCUUGUCUUGGGACAUAGCAAAUGCUCUUUGUUGACUUUUCUACAAGUGUUUCCCCAUGGCAAGGAAAGUGGUUUGGGAGAGAAGGAACUGGAUUUUUAAGUAGGAAUACAUUUAGGCAUUUCGUCCUAUGUCCAUUCUAGCCUCUUUUGAAAAGCACAGUAGGUGAUGAACAACAGAAAAGUAGAAUCCGAAGGACUCGUCAGUUGUUCCCUAACCAGAAGCAUUUCUUGGUUUUAACCUUGAAGCAGUUCAGUCCGUUUGCAGCUGGACAUGUGUGCAUGUGUGGGAACUUACACACAGGCGGCGGUGAAGGCUGAGAAGCUGCAGCAGCCCUGACUAUCUCUUUGUGGAGAUUGUGGAGAUUGAGUUCAAGGGAGUUAAACAUUAUUUGAAAAGUUAUAAGGUUCAGGCUUUGCGGUUUAAAUAGAUCCCCUCUUCAUGUUCUGAUCUUAAUUGGUUAGGAAGAAGAUCCCCAUUCCCCACCCUCCUCCAGCCCCGUCCUGUCAGCUGUGUGUGCACCCUGAAAAGCCUGCUCGAUAACUUGUCGUAAGUUCUCUUACAACAGUCAGACUGAAAUUCCGAGUGGCUUUACUCUAAAGAUCAUCCUACUGCCUGGCAUUACUUUUACAAAACACUAUAGGACAUUUAUUUCCAAAAAGCAGUUGAAUAGCAGUAACAUAAACCACACUGAAGAAAAAAAGAGAAAACAAAAGCACUUUUUUUUUUUUUCCACUUUAAAAUUUAAGUGGAAAAUAGGAAGAGGGUUUUCAGGGGGGUAGGAAAUCUUACAAAAAGCUACAGUGUUUACAAUGCCAGUUCUAGAUGAGAAAGGCCACUCUUACUAUGGUUGAAAUUUUGAAUAGCUCAUACAAAGCUCUGUUCAUUUUUGUACAACUUUUCUAAACUUCAAGUUGCCAUUUGUGUUUUAAACAUAAGUAUGAUUCUGUACUUUGAAAUCAGUUCAUUAGAAUGAUAACAUGUAUAUGGAUAAAGAUGCAGUAUUCCUUAUUCUGUACUUUAUUUAUUAUACUUACCAAAGCCGCAAUUGAAUAAAUCUGAUGAGGUGAGGCCUUCAAAUGUAUUAAUACGCUUUUGUUACGCUGUUAUGACUGCUUAGAGAUGUAGCCGUAAUGUUGUUAUAAAGAUGUCUUGGCAUCGACAGUAAGGACUGGCAGAAUUUAAGCAGUGUUAAGAAUACCAGCAUCCAUGACACAUUGAGUUAUUGCCUUCGUACGAGGGACUGAACAUGAUAUAACUCUUACGCAUCAUAACAGGCCCAGGAAGCCUUAAUGCUCAUAGUCCAUAAUCCAAGCUCAGAUUUUGCUCUUUAUUAAUGCCUGUAGAUUUAGGGAGUACAUGUAUUCCACCACUUCACAGACCGAAUCUCUUCCUUCAGUUUUUCUGAGGUAGCGCAUCUCAUUUUUAAAAAUAUUUCACUUUGAUUUGGUUCUGCGUAAAAAUGAGGUUUGGUAAGUUAUGUUUUCCAUACCACAUUUCUGCUUAUCCCCACACUGCCAUCUACUUACCUGCACCGGCACCGCCAAUACAUGCACACCUGUAGACACACCUGUAUAUGCAGCAGCCAAUAGGCUCAUAAAUAUCAAGAAUAAACUUUUUUAAAAGAAUGAAUUUGUAAUAAUCCAUGCUGUCUACAAAUGUAAGUUAUUUACCUUAUUAGGGAAUCAGCUUAUAAUGCUAUAUAUAACUUUGCCUGCAUUUUAUAGCUAAGAAGUGUACAUAAAAUUUUUAAAUACUAUAUUUUCACAGGUUCAUUAUAGAGUAAUGUCUGUUUAGCAACCCAUGUCCAUUGGUACUUUAAAUGUGCUAAAUACUGUGCAAUUGCAAUAGAAAUUCAGAUUUUCGUAAGAAGAUGAAAUUGAGGAUACUGCAUCUUUAAAAAAAAAUAGAGUGAAGAUAUUUUACUGUAUUCGUAACAUAUGUGAUAGUGGAAAAAGUAUUUUCAAACUCACAGAUUUUACAGAGGUUGUAAAUAGUUUGAUGAAGUAUGUUGGGAAAAAGAGCUUCUAGUUUUCAUCACAAUAAAAAAAAGAAAACUUGUUCAGAUAUGCCUUGUGUAUCUUACACACAAUUAGCGAUAUUGCCAUGGGAACUGUGUUCCACUUUCUCACAGCACAUUCCUUGUGCUUUGACUAAAUGGAGUGGCCACUUGUCUCAGUUUAGCCAGGAUGGUUUAAAACACAAUGAACUCAUUUUAAGUUGCAAACAACUGAUUCCAAACUCAAAAUGUCUUUACCUGAAAGGGGGUAAUAGCUGCACAGGAUUUUACUUGUGCUAAGAGAUGCAUCUAAGCAAUUGUUCUCUUUUCUCAGUUAUCUUCUUCCUCAACCAAGUAGUUCUUGAUAAAAAUAAAAAUCUAUACAGGUGUUUAUUCUUGUUUAAUUCCAGAGGGAAUACUUGUAGGAGUAACUACAUGUUGACAAGAUUAAGUGUUAUGGGAUUGGCCACAUGUUAAAUGAAUCUAUACUGGCAAUAGGAAUAAGCUAAUGCCCAUUUUCAGAAAUGAAUUAAAAGCUGAAAGUGCCUGUCAAUAAAUAUUAUGACCAAUGAGAUAUUCCUGUACUUUUACACAGCAAUAAUUCUUCUUCAGACUGGAUUUUUUUCCUCUACAUUUGGGAAACAUAUGCAUGUAUGCACACAGUAAACUGGAUCUGUUCAUACACCGUCAAAAAAAUUCUCUUGUGUCUUCUUAAAUAUACCCAAUCUUGUUUAUGUUAGCAUUUCUUAAUUCAGUCUUACAGAAUGUAAGAAUGCAAACCUGAAUAUUAAAGUUAUCUUCAACAUACACUAUGGCACAUGGCAGUUAUAAUUUUGAGAUAAAAAACUUCACUGUGAUUUGCCCCAAACUUAGGAAGCACUGAGUGUGCCUCAGAAACUUUUGCUUAGUUAACAGAAGCCAAUUUAUUCAGAACAAAACACUAGAACUAUCUGUUUGUCUUACUUUAUUUUAUCAACUAGUAUCAGAUACACAGAUCCAUCUUAAUUUCCUUUUCCCUGAUGUUUUCUGUUCUCAUCGAAGAACCGUUUGGGAAUGGUUUAUCCCCAAAAAGUCUGUUGAGGCAUAACUGACAUAGAGUAAGCUAAGGUUUGCAGUUAGUCUUGGAAAUUUCCAGAUUUACAUUGAGAACUUCACAACUUUUUGCUGUAAUUAUUGUACUGCUAAAAGUGGAGUCGUGAAUAGAAAUAUACAAUGAGAUUAUAUGGAUAGACAAGAGCCCUGGAAAUUCUCCAGCCCUGCCAUCUCAGCACAAAUCCACCCAAACAACCUACUGAGGGCUAUCAGUAAAAUUAUACUCUUUUAGAGCCAAACAUUUGGUAAGAGCAAUUUUAAAAGUAUGAUGGUAAUUAAACACUCGGGCUGUAGACAGAAGAUGACCAGGAUGCACAGUGCUCUCUGGAACCAGACCACAGGCCUAGAAAACCAUCUACUGUUUCCUCCUCCAAGCUUCAGAAAGAAGGAAAUGAGCCAGGGUAGGGUGUAAAAUAACCAAUGGAAGUGUCAAAGGAAAGCUGCUGGACUCCUUAACCUUCCUGAAGUCAAGUCUUCUGACUGGGCUGUUUUCUGAAUGUUGUCUGAAAGUACUAACAGAACGUCAAAGGUCAAAAAGUCAGCAAGCCAUGAAAUAAUGGCUCUUCUUUAUUAAAUACUUAGUAUGUGCCAAGCACUAUACUGGGUAAUUUUUUAGACACAUUACCUCUCAUCUGUACAGUGCUACAUUUUAUGGUUGAGAAACUGAGGCACAGAGAGAGGCCGAGUCGUCCUCAAACACAGAAAUAGUGAAAGGCAAAGUGGGGAUGGGAAGCAACCUGGCUCUGGCCCUGAAGCCUGUAUUCUUUCCACCACACCACACUGCAUGUGUGUUCCCAGCAGCCAACUUUCCAUAUCUGACUCUAAAGUAGUUUUUAUUAUGGAUGCGUAGUCAUCAUAUUUUCCAAGUAAGAUACAGAGACAUGAGAUAGCAUGUGAUUUGACAGUGGUACAGAAUAUUUGAAAUCCGGCUUCUCCUGGAAAGUCACACGUGAAGGGUCACUAUAAGCAAGUUGCAAUAACCAGAAGUCUCCCUGAACUUGUCAGUAUCCUCUUACCACUAUCCUACUAAAUGAUCGGCCUGAAGAUCCAAAAUCAUCAAAACUCUUCCCUACUUCCCAGCAUUUUAGCCAGAGUGGGUUUUUAUGAUUCUGUGUAUUUCUUUAGAUGUAUUAAAUGCCUUUCCACCUAUAUAGCCCUGCUAGAGUCUGCUUGAGGUGCGUUUGAAAUCUUGACUUCCAUGGAGCUAGUGGAUGACAGAGCCCAUUCCUCGCAGUUGUUAAUGGGGCAGCGAUCGCAAACAUUCAGGUGAGGAGCAUGGAGAGAUGAAGGUAAUUCCUGUUCAGAUUUCUCGCCUAACAGCACUGCCUGGGAAUGUUUUAAAUAAUCUUAUAAAUAAUUUGUUUAUAGUAUUGUUAGUUCAAUUGAAUUUUUGUGAGAAGCUGUCCAACAUUAGAGAAAUGAAAUCCCCUCCUCCUUUUCUGUGUAGAACAAGGUCUCUGACAGUAUUGAUUCAUAGAAGUACUAAUGGACUUAGAAAACAUUAAGAGAAUGUCAUUUCUCAUGGUGUUUCUUUUGCUGAAAAUGAAUCUCUUGAAUUAUGAUCCUUCUGCCUGUUACUUGGCUGAGGGAAGAGAUAAAACCUGCAUAAACAGAUUCCCUCCUGUGCUGAAGGCAAGUGUUCGGUGUGCACAGCCCACUUCGGAGAGGGGCCCUCCUCUCCGUUAAUUGGGUUUCACAAGCAAUAAUUUCUCAGCAACAAAACCACAAGUUUUAGUGAGGUGAAAAGAGAUGAAUCGUGGAAAUAGUCACAUCAGUACUUUUUUCAUUCUAGACUUCAUCUCUAGAAAUUUAAAAUGUUUGAGACAAGAGAGUCUGCUCUUUGUGUAAAGCAAGAACCAAUAACUCUUUGUGUGGAUUAUUAUAUUUUGCUUUUUCCAAAGCAGGCUUACCAAGACUUUUAUAGAGAUUGAUUUUUUGGUUGAGAAAUGAGGGUGAAUAGAAGAGUAGUAUUUGGGUCAAAUUCUAGUACUAAAAGUGUCAAAGUAAUCAAAAAGUAAGAUAUUUUUAAGGACAUACCAGCAUCUUUCCUUUCUGCUAAUUUCAUGCUCCAAAGAUACCACAUAAAACAUUAUAGAAAAUGCUUUUGCCCUACUUGUGCUUCUAGUUUUUCCAUAGCAGAAUUUUGUAGUUACAUCCAGACUAUAGUAUCUAUUUUGUUCCUCAAACUUCAUUACAUUGGGUGGGUUUGUUGAACUGGGGCACUGGUGCCUAUAUUCAAGGCUCUUUCCUAUCAACUUGUCUGUCCACAAUUUGUUGUGUUUAAAAGUUCAUUUUUAAAAAUCACCAUCCCCCCCUGGAAUGGUGGCUGUAUUGUUUUGUUCAUGUCUGUGGGACACAUUGCAUCACAUGGCAAACCAACUCUCUGUGGAAGUGAGAUAACUACUUGCAAAACCAGCUUGAAAACAUUGUCUUAUGUAUUAUGUCAUCCUGCAUCAUAAAGCAAUUAUGUGUAUCAUAACGUGUUCAUUUUAAAAAAAGAGAAACCAGCAAAUUCAUGUUUGUCCAUAGAAGAAUGUACUCAGAACAUUGUGUGUCGUGAAACGAUGAGAACAGACCACCUUUAAGAUACCCACCUGCCACUUAAAAUGACAUAGUUAUAAUUAGUAGUAGUCUAGACGUUGCUUUUGGUGUGUGUGGGGAGGGUGGGGGGAUCAAUUCAACCGUCAUAUUCUUUUGAAUAAAUCUCUCAGUCGUAUUUGAAAAAAAUACAUGGUAAUAAAGAAAAAUAUCAUCUUCAGCCAAAUCAAGCAGGCAUCUUUUCCCUUUUCCUUAACACUUAGCUCAUUAUACAUGGCGAUUGGAUUACAAGAUCUACCUGUGUAAAAAUACAAAAACAUCCUUUAGGCUACAAAACAGUUAUUCUAGGUUUGAAAUCCCUGAACAGCAAAUUGAAUAGAUGUGCUGCAUCUGAUUCACUUGUCGGAUGUAAUUUUACAGAAGACUUGGGUGUCUGACCCCAGAGAGUUAGAGUGCCCAGAGGAGGUCCUACCCAUUAAAUGAUAAAACCCCCCAAUGAUGCUGGCAAGCAAAUGUGUUCAUUUCUUAAAUCUUCAUUUGGUUUUCUGUUCAGAGUUUUAAUUACAAAGGAAUUUAUUUCUUCAGCUUAUCUAAAGGUCUAAUUUCCCAAUAGUUUUCUCUGCAUUUAUAUACUCUGUAGUGUUUAGGCAAACUCUGUUAUAAGUUUAUUAAUAUUAUGUAAGUGUUGUUCUUGUAUUUAUGUAUAGUGUAUGUAUUGUAAAUAUACUCAGAGCUUUUUUCCUUUUACUGUAAAAUGGUGAUUUUUUUUUUUCCCUAUGAAAAUGUAAAGGGAGACCCUCCUAAUGAGAUUCUCUCAGAGGAUGAUUAUUCCAGUCUAUUCUCAGAGAUUAAAUGAACAAGUGUUAUCGUUUUUAAUGGUGUCUCAGACAUAUUCUGUUGGUGCAUUGCUUUUCUGUAUUCAACUCUCCUAUGAAUUGAGCUGUGAACUGAAAUAGAGUUUAAACCUUUAACUGUAUGCAUUUGUAUAAUUAUCUGAAUGAAGGCAUGAAGGUUAAAUAAAGCAUUUUGUAUGGAACAAAACUCCCUAAUUAUUACUAAGGCUGACUCAGACACUUUGGAAAUCAUAGUUUAUUAACAAUUCUAAUUAAACUUUGUUAUGAAAAGUUUUA